AUGAUUCUAUCGGCUGUGAAUAGUGGCCCAAUCUCUACACGAAAUUAUCACUCGAAAUCAUCUUCUUCUCGUACUACUUCAUCGCUUCAACAACAUCAACACUCGAUGGAAGAAUAUUUUCAUUUGGGUCAUCUCUUGUGUGAUCAACAUAUUAAGGCCAAUGAACAUUCCAUUGCUCUCAAUUAUUUCACAGAACAUGGUAAAUUCCAAUACACCUAUCAACAACUCAGCGAUUGGAGUUUGAAAUUUGGUGAAUUUUUAAAAUCCUUGAAAUUGCAACGACAAGAACGAGUCGCAGUCUUUCUUCCCAAAUGUCCAGAACAAAUGAUUGCUGGCCUCGCUAUUUGGAGAAAUGCAUUCACCUAUGUUCCAUUAUUUACUGCUUUUGGACCUGAUGCUGUGAAACAUCGAGUGUUUGAUUCGCAAGCACGUGUCAUUAUUACUGAUGAAAAUCAUGUUGUGAAAUUGGAACCUAUUUGGAAGGAAUUGAGAGAAUUGGGAAUUAAGGUGAUUGUGGCUGAGAGAGGAGUUUCUGAAGUUCAUUCGUUUCGACAUGAAGGAGAAUAUUCAUUGCCAACUUCAUUGAAUCGAGCAAAUCCUGAGGAGAUUAAAUUUUGGAAAGAUGCCAUACUUUCAAGUAGUUUUGAUAUCAUUUCAAGACAUGAUGAAUCGUAUCGUGUGAAAAGUGGAGAAGGAAUGAGAGUUGAUGAUGUCAUGGUUUUAUUGUAUACUUCAGGAACGACUGGAAAGAGUAAGGGAGUUCCUGUAACAACCAAGAGUUUAGCUGCCUUUGAAACUUAUAUGAAAUAUGGUCUUCAUGUGGAAGAGAAUGACGUCUUUUUAAAUUUAGCAGACAGUGGAUGGGCCUAUGGUUUAUAUUACAAUGUCCUUGGUCUUCAAUUACUUGGAAAACCCACUUACUUUGUGAAUCGACCUUUCAAACCAAGUACGGUCUAUGAAAUUUUACAAAAUGAAAAGAUUACUAAUUUUGCAGCUGCACCUACUGCGUAUCGAGCCAUGAAGGCAGAAGGACUUGAACUUGCUCGUAACUAUAAAUUUUAUAUUAAGAAGGCAAGCUCUGCUGGAGAACCUUUGAAUCCUGAAGUUGUACGAUUUUUCGAAGAAAUUUGGAAUACUCGUAUUCAAAGUCACUAUGGACAGACCGAACAUGGAAUGUUAAUUAAUAAUCAUCAUCAUCCAGAGUAUGCCACUACGAAUGUAUCUGAAACUACGACUAUUGGAACUCCAAUGCCAGGAUUUACUUUGACUCUAUUAGACGAUUCGUUUAAGGAAAUUACUGAGCCAUACGUCACCGGUCAUUUAGUGAUUGACAUUAAUAAUUCACCUUCGAGAUUUUUCACUGGUUAUUGGAAUCAACCUGAAAAAACACGAGAAAAGAUGGUUCAAUCUCCAUCCUAUCCAGAUGGACGAUAUUUUGAAAUGACAGGUGACACUGCUUACAGAGACAACAAUGGACACUACUUCUUUAGUGGAAGAAGUGAUGACAUUAUCACAUCAUGUGGUUAUAGAAUUGGUCCUAAAGAAGUCGAAGAUUGCCUUAUUGAACAUCCUGCUGUUCGUGAGAGUGGAGUGGUUGGAAAACAGGAUGAAUUGAGAGGUGAAAUGGUUGUUGCGUUUGUAGUACUGAGACCUGGAUACUCUCCUAGCAAAGAAUUAGAAGCUGAAUUGUGUGAAUUUGUUAAAAAGAAGCUCUCGGCUCAUCAAUAUCCAAGAGAAAUUUAUUUUGAGGAACAAUUACCAGCCACAGAAGCAGGUAAAAUCAGAAGAAAUGUUUUACGUGAGAAAGCAAAUCAACAUGUAUCCAAGAAAUAUUGA